AUGUCUCAGGACCUUCGACAAGUCACGCCUAGAGUUAGCACCGCACUUGGCGCACUGGACGACGAUGUAGAUCGCACCGUUGCGCCGAAUGAUUAUGAUCUGCGUAUGCGGAUCAUGUAUGAUUAUCACGUUAUCCAUACGACAGGGCAUCCAGACCGUGAGAGAACUUCCUCUUUUCACGAGGGACUUCUACUGGAAUCACCAGUACAAGUAUGCCCGCAACGCCCUCUGUCAGGGAACGAGACUGCGAACAAGGACAAUGUGUCUGUGCAGGGCACAGCCACCGCGCAUGCUGGGCUUGUUGCGGAGAAAGAAGCCAGACCGGACAAGUUAUUCAGCUCGCAAACACAGGACAUUGGCCAGCAUCGACAAGAUUUGAAUUUCGGAACAAUCACGCCUGCCCCGCGCUUCGCCGAUCCGCCCACGGUACUUGAACGCCUUAUGUGCAACACGAGCCAUCUAGCCUUGAUGGCUCAAAGAGGACGACGAAGCGGCGCCAGCCAGCUUCUCGAGCACGGCGACACGGUCGAGCAGCCUCAUCAGUUUCGUUCCAAGCUCAACUUCGAUGUUCAAAGCGAUCUGAUUUGUGUGGGCGUCUUAGUUGGCGUGCUCAUUGCGAAUGAGCUCGGAGAUUAA